AUGAGGCGGAUUUACCGGGAAAUAACAGACUGGCACAUUCACAUUUAUUUAUUGAUUCCCAUCUUUCUUCUAUUCUUUCCCUUUGUCUGCUUGCUGACGGUGAGUGGGGUGUGUCGAGGCACGGUACGCCACGCACCCAUGGCGACUGACUGCCAACGGAAGGAAACCAUCUAUGAUGCCUGCCACCUGGGAAACGAGGCACGCGUGGAGGAGUAUGUGCGGCAUGGGGGUUGCGUCACAGAGCGCGAUGGCAACAAGAUGACGCUUCUGCAUCAUGCUGCCUUUUCUGGAAACGUUCGCGUUGUUGAGGUCAUUCUCUCGGUGCAGCCAAUGCAAAUGGUGGACUUGGAUGCAGCAGACACUGGCGGAUGGACCCCGCUGCACUACGCGGCGGAGCGCGGAUUCACUGCCAUAGUGGAGCGUCUGCUGGACGAGGGCGCCAAUCCGAACGCAAAGGAUGAAAUGCGGCGCACACCACUCCACCUCGCAGCUGGUGCCGGUCAGGUUGCUGUGCUGCGACUUCUUCUUAAACAUGGUGCCAUACGCAGCGCAAAAAAUAUAGCAGGAUUAACAGCACUGGCGUGUGCAGAGGCUAGCUGUCAGUUGGAAGCUGUAGGUGUCCUUGAACUGCAGUGA